GGCGCGCCCAGGCGGUCAUGGGACUUCAGCAUGGCGGUGUUUGCAGAUUUGGACCUGCGAGUGGGUUCUGACAUGAAGGCUCUGCGCGGACUUGUGGAGACAGCCGCUCACCUUGGCUAUUCAGUUGUUGCUGUCAAUCACGUCAUUGACUUUAAGGAAAAGAAACAGGAAAUUGAAAAACCAGUAGCUGUUUCUGAACUCUUCACAACUUUGCCAAUUGUACAGGGAAAAUCAAGACCAAUUAAAAUUUUAACUAGAUUGACAAUUAUUGUCUCAGAUCCAUCUCACUGCAAUGUUUUGAGAGCAACUUCUUCAAGGGUCCGGCUCUAUGAUGUUGUUGCAGUUUUUCCAAAGACAGAAAAACUUUUUCAUAUUGCUUGCACACAUUUAGAUGUGGAUUUAGUCUGCAUAACUGUAACAGAGAAAUUACCAUUUUACUUCAAAAGACCUCCUAUUAAUGUGGCAAUUGACCGAGGCCUGGCUUUUGAACUUGUCUAUAGCCCUGCUAUCAAAGACUCCACAAUGAGAAGGUAUACAAUUUCCAAUGCCCUCAAUUUGAUGCAAAUCUGCAAAGGAAAGAAUGUAAUUAUAUCUAGUGCUGCAGAAAGGCCUUUGGAAAUAAGAGGGCCAUAUGAUGUGGCAAACCUAGGCUUGCUGUUUGGCCUUUCUGAAAGUGAUGCCAAAGCUGCAGUGUCCACCAACUGCCGAGCAGCACUUCUCCACGGAGAAACUAGAAAAACUGCUUUUGGAAUUAUUUCUACAGUGAAGAAACCUCGGCCAUCAGAAGGGGAUGAAGAUUGUCUUCCAGCUCCCAAGAAAGCCAAGUGUGAGGGCUGAAAAGAAUGCCCCAGUGUCUGUCAGCAGUCCCUUCUUCCCUUUUAUACUUCAUCAGCCACAACAAAGAGAAAACCUUUGUGUGAUUUACUGUUUUCAUUUGGAGCUAGAAAUCAAUAGUCUAUAAAAACAGUUUUACUUCCAAUCCAUUAAAGCAACAAACAAAACCUAGCGAAGCAUUUUUUUUUUCAAAAGACUGCCAGCUUAAUGAAUUUAGAUGUACUUUAAGAGAGAAAGACUAUUUAUUUCUCCUUUAUGUAAGUGAUAACAGCAGAUACACUUGAAUAAGAUGUUUCAGGUA